AUGAAUGUACAGUACUUUACCCUCACCCUCUCUUGCCGCUCGCUCUGCGCUCGGCCCGCUUCUCGAGACGUCAUUGUUGCUGGAAGCCCGAUUCUGCGCAGUCAAGGCACAUCUAAUGUAAAAUUUCAGGUUCCAAUAGCCAGCGUGUUCAUCGGUCCAGUAUUGCGCUUGCUGACCCAUAGUCGAAGUUUGGUCUUCUACCACAUGAGUCGGCUUUAG